AAGCUUCACUCGGAGCAAGCCUUAGCCCGCUGUCUCAGCAGGGAGACUUCCCGAGGUAGAGGGGCAAGGUGCGGGGCGGUUUAGACUCAGAGUCUGUAUGCACCCCUAACUCCCCCCCCCCCCCCCCGCCACAAUUUCUCUGUAGUCUUUCUCAGCACAUCACACCUCCCCUCAGCAGGGGCUCCCCUGCCCUGCCCCUCCAGGGUGGUUAUAAGUUCUUAACCUAUAGGUUAUAGGCCUCUCCGGAGGGAGGGAGGGAAAGGGGCGGGGCGGCGGCGGCUCAGAUAUAAGGGACCCUGGUGUUGUUUGCGGGUCCAAACAGCCCACCAUGAGUGCCCACAGCCUCCGCAUCCUUCUUCUUCAAGCCUGUUGGGCUCUACUCCACCCGCGCGCCCCGACCGCGGCCGCUUUGCCUCUGUGGACACGGGGGCAGCCCUCGUCACCGUCCCCUCUGGCGUACAUGUUGAGCCUCUACCGAGACCCGCUGCCUCGGGCGGACAUCAUCCGCAGCCUCCAGGCGCAAGAUGUGGACGUGACCGGACAGAACUGGACUUUCACGUUUGACUUCUCUUUUUUGAGCCAAGAAGAGGAUCUGGUAUGGGCGGAGCUCCGGUUGCAGCUGCCGGGCCCCAUGGACAUACCCACUGAGGGCCCACUCACCAUUGACAUUUUCCACCAGGCCAAGGGGGAUCCAGAGCGGGACCCCGCUGACUGCCUGGAGCGCAUUUGGAUGGAGACGUUCACCGUCAUUCCUUCUCAGGUCACGUUUGCCUCAGGCAGCACAGUCCUGGAGGUGACCAAGCCACUCUCCAAGUGGCUAAAGGACCCCAGGGCACUGGAAAAGCAGGUGUCCAGUCGAGCAGAAAAGUGUUGGCAUCAGCCCUACACCCCACCUGUACCUGUCGCCAGCACCAAUGUGCUCAUGCUCUACUCCAACCGGCCUCAGGAGCAGAGGCAGCUAGGGGGCGCCACUUUGCUUUGGGAAGCUGAGAGCUCCUGGCGGGCCCAGGAGGGACAGCUGUCUGUAGAGAGGGGCGGAUGGGGCAGAAGGCAACGCCGACAUCAUUUGCCAGACAGAAGCCAACUGUGUAGGAGGGUCAAGUUCCAGGUGGACUUCAACCUGAUUGGCUGGGGCUCCUGGAUCAUCUACCCCAAGCAGUACAAUGCCUAUCGCUGUGAGGGCGAGUGUCCUAACCCUGUGGGGGAGGAGUUUCAUCCUACCAACCAUGCCUACAUCCAGAGCCUGCUGAAACGAUACCAACCCCACCGGGUUCCUUCCACGUGCUGUGCCCCCGUGAAGACCAAGCCACUGAGCAUGCUUUAUGUGGACAAUGGCAGGGUCCUCCUGGAACACCACAAGGACAUGAUUGUGGAGGAGUGUGGGUGCCUCUGACAGAGCCAGGGGGAGUGCUGAAAUUGGCUUGCAUUCCACAAUGCUGAUGAACUCCAAGGAGACUCCAUUGUGUCUAUCCAGGGAGCAGAAACGUUAGAAGAGUUCUGCCUGCUGGAGCUAAAGAGAAAAGCCCCGCCCCCUGUGCAUACAGUGCUCUUAGACCUGCCAAGCCAGAGAGAGGCUACCGUGGCAUGGCAGGAUGGGGAAGCCUUGCAGGGGCUGGCUCGCUGGGCUCCCUGGAAAUAGGGUUUAUGAACUGCUUGAAAUUGUGUGCAAAGGCUGGGGUGUAUAUAUAUAUAUGUAUAUAUAUAUAUAUGUAUUUAUUUUUGAUGCCAUCUGUAACUUUCUUGUAUUCUCAAAAGUGGUCUGUGACCUGCUGUCCCUCCCUCAAGAUUAGUAUAUAUUUUAUUAGAUUAUAAACGAGCCAUUUGGUUCUCCCUGCCUCAAGCUGUGGUAGGGAAGACCCACAACCUUCUGGCUGGCUGGCAGUGACAUACUGGCCUUGGUCAGGGGCUCUCUGAUCUCUAAUGACUUGCCUAAAAAAGCCACUGUCCAGUUCUCCAGGGCCAGUUGGUGCCUUUGACCAGAGAGGUGGGCACUUGUCCAAGAGGGGACUGGCCAUGGUGGACUUUAGAAGCCAGAGUCCUGAGAUGUAUGCUUGGCAGACACAACCCAAGUCUAUUAAAAGUCUGUGACAAUUCA